AUGUCGGUUCGCAGCAUGGUCAUAGGGGCCGUUGAUGCCCUCGAAUACGAAGGCUCCGCCAGGCAACAGUAUGGCCUUGCAUUCACCAUGCAAGUUGCCGACGCCUACGGCUGGGUUAGACGCCAGGAGCGAGAAACGCACAUUGACAGCGCAGCAACACGGGGUUGCACACUCACAAGCUCAGCUGCACCUGGCACAAGCAAAAACCCGUUGGUCUGGUUACUUGCUAGUACCAACCGGACCUCGCAGCCGCCAACCCCGGGUCUAGUUAUCGAGGGGUUCACAGAUGUCUCGCAUCCACCGCUUCCUCGCGCUCUGUCGGCAAGCCACCAACAAGACGGCAUGACGGGCCUUCCACGCGUUCACGGGCCACCAGCCGGCCUGAAACCGACGACAGCAAGGCCAACGCCCCACCACUUUCACCAACCGGGAUCGCUCAAGCCGCGCGAGGCGACGCCAUCUCCAGCAAUGUUGAUCCCCGUUGCUUGGUACAGGCAUCAUGGCAAGCUCAGCCGGGAUUGUCCAGUGGCUAAUGCAGUGGCUAAUGGCUACGGCAAGGCAACUUCUCCACAUAAUCAGGUGGUUCAGCGCCAAGUGCACGUCCGAUGA